ACCUCAGUAUUCAGGAAAAAUUGGAAAAUCCUCUAGGUGACAGACAUGUUCUUAUAAUUACAUGAUAUAAGCUGAACUGUAGAUUAUAAAAUAAAAUGAAUGGAACUUUUUUUUUCAUUUUUAGAUAUUCUUGAAAAGAUAGAAGAAUUGUUUUAUAAGGGUUUUAACUACCGUUUAAUCCAUUAUUUGAUCCAGAGAAACCACAACUGUGAUAUAAGUUAUAAUUGCCUAACAAGAAAAGUUCUACCUAGACUUGGUUUGAAAAGGAGGCUUGCAGACAUUGCUUUGGAUGAAAUAUUUGAUAUUGCACAGAGAGAAAUACUGAAUGGAUGUUCAGGUGCUGAAAGUCUAAGAAGAGUAAUAAAAAUGAAACACCACCUGAAUAUUACCAGGUCCAUAGCAAGAGACAUAGUUCAUCUUUUGGAUAAAGAUGGGAUAAACAGAAGGAAGCAGAGAAGACUGAGAAGAAGGCAAUACUUUAGUAAGGGUCCAAAUUUUGUGUGGCAUUUGGAUGGAUAUGACAAAUUAAAGCCAUAUGGUAUAAGCAUUCAUGGAUGCAUUGAUGGAUUUUCCCGGCAGUUAAUAUGGCUGGAAGCAGAUGUGACUAAUAAAAGACCAGAGGUUGUAGCCGAAUACUUCCUGAAUGCAGUGCAUGCUAUGAAAGGUUGUCCUCAAAAAAUACGUGCUGAUCCUGGUACAGAAAAUGGAAUCAUAGCAACAUUUCAAUCAUUUUUAAAGACAGAUGCAAGUGCAGUAUCUUUUGGAACUUCUACCGCAAAUCAGAGAAUUGAAAGAUUUUGGGGCAUUUUAAGGCAAAUGAAAGCAGAUUUCUGGAUUGAUCAUUUCAAAGGAUUGGUAUAUGAAGAACUGCUGGAAACAGGAAAUCCUUUACAUAAAUCCUGUAUACAGUUUGUUUAUCUUCCACUCAUAAAGAGAGAUCUGAAAGAUAUAAUGAAUCAGUGGAAUACCCAUUCCAUACGAAGACAGAAGCUGGGAGAUACCUUGCAUGGAAUUCCAGAAGUAUUGUUUCAAAACCCUGAAGUUGUUGGUGCGUCAAACUACUUACAUGCUGUUCAGAGAGAUGUUGUGACUGAGUUACAGAGACUUGUCAGAAAUAAUUUCAAGGAGAUUGAUGAGGAUUUUGCUUCCGUAGCUUCAUCUAUUUUGUUGCAUUAUAAUUUGCCUUUCCCAGUCAACAUUACGAACAUGACCUGUGCUCGCCAUCUGUACAUUUUUCUAAGCGAGUUCAUGUCUCUUUUAUUGAGUUGAAAUAGUUAUUAUUGUGACAUGUGUAGGAGAGCUAAAAUGAACUUGUAUAUGUGAUAUAUUUACUCGACUUUGCAGGAUUUUACAUCAUUUGUGCUUUUCUUAUAGUCAAUAGGUAAUUUAUACUUUUAGCUACAAAAACAGUCAAUUUUCAAUGCUGUUUCUCAAUAUUUAAUAUAGAAUGCAACCUCUGAUCUAAAAUAAGCAACUAGUAAAUGAUAGAACUGUUUAUGAGGAUUACAAUUAAGGCAUAUUUAAUUUUUUUUUUAGAUUAGAUUGUGUGCUUAUAUCUUUUUCUUCUCUAAAAGUACUAAAAUAUACCUGAUUACAUUAAAAUUCAAGACCAUUGCAAUUCCAUAAAGCUUUUGCUCCAAGACCCGGCCCCAAGAUCAUGAAACAAACUUAGACUUAGGUAAUUCCACCCUCCUAUGAUGUCAUAGAUUUUCGCAAAAACUGUUUUUUAGUUUAAAUUCAUGCCUGAUAGAACAAUAUCUUUAGGAGGAAUGCUUUUCAAUAUGUGUACUUAUAAAUAUUGUUAACAAAAAAUUUUUUAAAAACGCAUAUUUUCUUAAAAAAUGUUGACAAGGGCAAUAACUCUUUCUCAGGUCUCUUCAUUCAGACAUUUUCUUUAUUGUACUUCUAAAAUAGUUUCCUGGAUAUUCACAAUUCAAAAGUAUUUUAUAUGUAGGAAAUAUUUAGGAACAUUCAGCAUCAGAAUUAUGCUUUUUAACGAGAUUUACAUAUUUUUCAUGAUUCUGUUUACAAAAAAUAUGCGAUUUUUUAGGUUGACAUAUACUUCUGCUUAUUCAUGUCUCCCAUCUGUACAAUUUUGUUUUUGUACUUUGAACCAUUAGAAUUGUGAGGGUGGAAUUAUCUUAAGUCAAAUUUUCAAUCUUGUAUAAAAUAUUCAUUAAUUAUGGAAUUUAAUUAGGAAUUUGCAGAUAACAACACUUCUGGGAAGCACUAUUGAAAAAAUAUUUUAAUUUUGGUAUGCUUGACUUCUACAACAUUUCAUUCAAAAACAGAUAUUUUGACUUUAGCUUAGGAUGCUUCAUGAUCUUGAGGCCCGGAGUAAGGAGACAAAUUGUAAUAGGAAAUGAAAGUACUAAGUCUCAAAUUUAUGUUGAUGAUUAAAAUGGAACAAAAAGUAUAAUCAAUAAAAACUAGAGCGUUGCUUUAAUUUCCCACAUAAGAGUUGUGGCAUAUUACAUGCAGUAUAAGUAUAUGUGACUAGAGACAGACAAAGACAAAGUUAUAAUUAUAGUUUAUUGUUCAUUUGAGAGAGAAAAUUAUUAUAAUAAACUGUAAAACUGUAUUGGUAGAAAAUUCUUUAAUAAACUGUAAAACUGAA